CAGAUAACAGCCGAGAUUUGACCAGGUUAAACGGGUCGAAUACAAUCCCUCGAUCUUUAUGUUCCGUUCUUGCAGUCUGUUUAAUCCCUCGCACGGUUAAUGGUCAUCUUCUGUAGAUUAAGAGCUCUCGAUAGGCCCAAUACAACUAGAUUUAUCACCUCACCCUUCUGAUAAGUUUCGGAUAAGGAUGGGAGAUAAGUUUAGUGAAUAAGUCCUGAGCAAGGAGUUUAUAACACGAGGCUCCUCCCUUGUUUUACCACAGGACCAAUCAGAAUUGUGGAGAGAUGGACACUUAAGGAAUCAGUGAAAUCAUAGACAAUUGAGUUUUAACAGAAAUAGUUUGGCAGGGAUGAAGUUUUCUCUGACGCCGAUAUCCAAAUCCUUCCUGGACAUGGAUGUAGUUAAUUACUGUGAAGAGCUGGAUCCUAUCUACAGCACGCUGGGCUUUGAGAACACUGACAUGCUGUACAGCGGGAACAGCAUGCCAACGGAGCCCAGCAUCAGCCCUGAGGAUAAUGGCGUGAUCUCCAACUGUGCCAUCUGCGGGGACAAGGCCACGGGCAAGCACUACGGCGCCUCCAGCUGUGACGGCUGCAAGGGCUUUUUCCGUAGAAGCAUCAGGAAGAGUCACGUCUACUCCUGCAGGUUCAGUCGUCAGUGUGUCAUCGACAAAGACAAGAGGAAUCAGUGCCGCUUCUGCAGGCUUCACAAGUGCUUCCGAGCUGGAAUGAAAAAAGAAGCUGUGCAGAAUGAACGGGAUCGUAUCAGCUCCAGGAGAAGCACACCAGACUCGCAUGACCUUCCGCCUAUCACUGUUCUGGCACAGGCAGAGUCCCUUUCACAACAGAUCAGCGUCGCCAGUCCGACGGGCUCCGCUGAUAUCUCCGAGAAGAAAUCAGCCACCGUCGGGGACGUGUGCGAGUCUAUGAAGCAACAGCUGCUUGUUCUGGUAGAGUGGGCUAAAUACAUCCCGGCCUUCGGCGAAUUACCUCUUGACGACCAGGUCAGUUUAUUGCGAGCGCACGCAGGAGAACAUCUUCUGCUCGGAGUGGCCAAGCGGUCAAUGGCGUACAAAGACGUCCUGCUGCUCGGUAAUGGCUGCGUUAUUCACCGAAAUUGCCCCGAGGCAGAGAUCGGCCGGGUGGCUAACCGCAUCCUGGAUGAAUUGGUCUCACCUUUCCAAGACAUACAGAUUGAUGUCAACGAAUAUGCAGCUCUGAAAGCCAUUGUUUUCUUUGACCCCGAUGCCAAAAGCCUCAGAGAUCCCUCAAAGAUAAAAAGCAUGAGGUACCAGGUUCAGAUGAGUCUUGAAGACUACAUUAAUGACCGUCAGUACGACUCUCGUGGGCGCUUUGGCGAGCUGCUGCUGCUUCUUCCGACCCUGCAAAGCAUCACCUGGCAGAUGAUCGAGCAGCUCCAGUUCAUCAAACUCUUUGGACUGGCCAAGAUCGACAACCUGCUGCAAGAGAUGCUGCUAGGAGGUCUAACCACAGAGCAGCCGUACUUGCACCACCAUGGUCACCCCCAACUCGCCCAGGAUCCGGUCACGGGCCAGACGUUAGUCAUCAGCUCCAUUUCAGGCCCUCUGCAUGUGCAGCAGUUAGCUUCUCCAGACACCCCAAUUCCAUCUCCUCCUCAGGCUCAGAGCCAGGAGAUCUAUAAGAACUCCUCUAGUCCUACACACUUAAUGCCAUCACAGCCGUCUCCUGAGCCGCCGCUCUGAGGCGUCAAAUGGUGUCCUUGCCUCAUUCUAAUCUGUAUAUGACUGAAGCUGUAUCUGUGUGUGUGUUUGUAAAUGUGUAAAUAGUAUGACAUGAGUAAAAAAAAAGAUCUGUGUAUUAUUAAAAAUCUUUUCGAACAUUUACAGCGUGCCAUGAGGCGAAUCUUGGCGGGAAAAAAAAAAAUUACCAUUUUUUGUGGACCCAUGAAAUGUCCUAUUUCCUAUUACACGUUUUAUAUGCAAAUAUAUAAUUCUAACCUGUAUUUGACACAAGUCUAAUAAUCUCAGAACAGAUUUGUGUCUCUGUAAUUUUGGUUACUUAAAAAUGAAUUAAAGUAGAACUAAAGAAACACAUAUGUGCAAGUUAUUUAACAUCAAUUCUGUAACCUGUAGAAUUACAAGAAAUGUUUUUGUAUUUAUGAUUUACGUUUAAUAAACCAAAUAUUUUAUGGCUG